AUGUCAAAAAGCACAAGGCCACCUGAUAUCUUUGAAGAAAUAAGCUUCCCACUUGCUAAAUUUUCCCACACAAGCGCUCCAAUCGAUUUCACCGGUACAUUGAGAUGGACACACGCCAAUAGCACUGGUGACAUGGUCUGUAUCCUCCGAAAGUUCCCUGAGAGCAGCUCAAGUCCAGCAAGGUUUAUUCUUCGAAUCGCGCGCAAUGAUGGAAUUCUUGAGGAGAUCGACCUGGCUCACUUUAUUCGAAUGGCGACGCAGAACCAGAACCAGCGCCAGACUCAGAACCUCUCUUCUCCAAAGCCUCCCUUUGCAGUUGUCGUCAAGUCCCCUUGUCUGGCAGUGAAAUACCCUCACAGGGAGAAUUUGGCGGUCCGUAUCCAAAUCAAAUUCGUGAAUACCAGUGACUACUUCACAGCUCUGUCCUGGCUGAGCCAAGUCAACUGCCCACUCACAGAAGGCGUCACCGCGAACCAACCCCCUCAACGCCCACCAUCCUCUGCUUCAUGGACCUCUUUCCCCGGACCGACCACCGCAUCGAAAUACGCAAGUACCUCGAUCACAUCAGACAAUGACAACCCAGCAUCAUUCUUCCCGAUGACCGAAUACUCACCCAGCGGAAUGACAAGUACGUGCUCCCUCCCCGAGCGAACAAGGAGCGCAUACCCACCCUCUGCAGCACCAUACGUACCCUCAAUCGCGGAGCAACCCACGCUCCCCAACUCUCGCUAUGAAGAGGAACACAUCUCGCGUCCUGUGACAGCACGCGCUUACCACGGCGACCAACUCGACCAAAUGCUCCCUCCAAAGCGCGACCUGCCAUUCCUAAAAUCUAGCCAGCGAAGCACACAAGUAGAGGAGGCGAUCCCAAACUCGCAGCCCUCGCAGCCUUCGCAGCCUUCGCAGCCCUCGCAGUCCCUCAGGCAGACUCAGCCUAACCCGGUCCAGGCCUCUAUUGAGGAGACCCAGCAAGCCUCUGCGUCUGUGGAGGACCAUCUCACUGCAUACAUUGCAACUCCGACGCCAGACCGGAUGGCGUUGUUGGAGGACUGGAUGUGCCAGCUUCUUGAGGAUGACCGGUUUCUGGGCUUGUGCGAGGAUGUGGAGGCGACGUGGAAGCGGGUUAUGUUUGGGAAGAACAACCCGCAGCGGUUCUGA